UAGAAUUUGUUUUUUUGAACUGAAAAAAAAAAACGAAAAAGCGCUGCAAACAUUUCCCACGCAGUUGCAGUUGCAGUUGCGAGCAAUGGCAGAAGACAGCAACGAGAAGGAAAUUCAAAUCCGAACCCUGACCGGUGAAUCCAUCACUCUUCACAUCACUCGCUCUUCCACCGUCCAACAACUCAAACUUCUCCUCAACCACUCUUUCCCUCCCGCCACCAACUCCCCCAAUUUCCAUCUCUUCUUCAAGGGAAAUAAAUUGCAAUUGCAUGAUCAAAUUGGUUCUUAUCAAAUUGAAAGCGGGGACUUUGUUGUUUUGAUUCCAUUUGUCAAGAAGGAACCAACUCAAAAAGAGAAACCGGAUUCGGUUUUCUCUUCUCCAAAUGUUGCUUGCAAUGCUUCAACCUCCAGUUUCGCCGAUACAACGUGGUCGAAUAUUAUGGAAGAUUUGUCGGAAUUACGCGAAACCACUGAAGAAAUUGAUGUUAUUAAAAAGAAAACUGUAGAGGGUGAAAUGAAAAGGGGUUUAGGUUCUGAGAAGGAGAUAAAUCUUCCUUAUCAUAUGAUAUUGAAUACAUUGGAUCAUACUAGUAGGAGUGCUGAGGUUUUUCCAAAGGUAUUGGAAUCGGUGAAUUGUUUAUCUGAUUUGCCUCUUGGAUACUGCAAGUUGUUGAAGAGAACAUGUUUGAAGGGAAAUGGUGGUGGCAGUGUUACUUGCUUGUGUCCGCCUUGGUUGAAGAUGGUUCUGAAGUCGUUUGCUUUCAUAAACAUUUUUUCCGCGUUUCUUCAUUUGCAAAGUAGGAAGGUAACAACGAGUCUACUGGAUGAAGCACUUGACCAGCUGGCGAAGUUUGGUGUUAAACUUGGCGCCCAUGACAUGAAGCGUCUUUCCCUUCUUUGUCCUCAUCUUGUAUGUUUUGUAGAUGACAUAGAGAAGGCAAGUUUUGGUGAUGUCAUUGUCGUAGUAAAUAAUUCAACUACCAAUGACGAUCGAAUUGAAGAUAAUCCUAAAAGAGCUCGCAAGUCGCUGUAUAUUUCAAAGAUUGUCAGUACAUUGGAGAGAAGGGACAAUUCUUUCCGAAAAUAUCUGGGGUUGGCUUUUGAGCAGCUUCAGUUUGAAAUUGGAGAUGAGAUGAACGUGAGAAUUUCGUUCGAAACACUGCUUGCAACAGUGAAGGACCUUGAUUUUACCAGAAAAGGAAGCAAAUCUAAACGUGUAAAGAGAAGCUCAACUUCCUCAGGAUCUAAGAUGGACCGCAUUGGGUGUCAUGACACAGAGUCAUUAAUGGCUGUCGACAUGGUUGAUCAUCUUAAGAAAGGAAUUGGAUCUGAAGGACAGAUUGUGCAUAUUGAAGACAUAUGUGCCAGAAAAGCCAUUUACAGUGACAUCCCAGCUGAACUAUCAGAGAAAACGAGAUCUACACUAAAGUAUAUUGGAGUUUCCAAAUUGUAUAGUCACCAGGCAGAGUCUAUACAAGCCUCCCUUCUCGGGAAGAAUGUUGUUGUGGCUACAAUGACAUCUAGCGGAAAAUCUCUUUGCUACAACCUGCCCGUUUUAGAAGAGUUGUUUAAGAAUUCAUCGUCAUGUGCUUUGUACAUAUUUCCUACAAAGGCGUUAGCUCAAGAUCAACUAAGAUCUUUGUUACACAUGACGAAAGAAUUUGAUGUUGACUUAAAUAUCGGUAUAUAUGAUGGUGACACUUCUCAUAGUGAAAGGGCACGGCUGCGUGAUAAUUCUAGACUGUUAAUCACAAAUCCAGAUAUGUUACACAUAACAAUCUUGCCCCACCAUCGGCUAUUUCGCCGGAUUUUAUCAAAUCUAAGGUUUCUGGUAAUUGAUGAAACUCAUACCUACAAGGGAGCAUUUGGAAGUCAUACUGCUCUUAUAUUAAGGAGGCUUAAGCGACUCUGCUCACAUGUAUAUGGAGCUGUGCCUUCUUUUUUGUUCUCUACUGCAACUUCUGCAAAUCCUCAUGAGCAUUCUAUGGAACUUGCAAAUUUAUCCACAGUGGAGUUAUUUCAGAAAGACGGAAGUCCCUCUGCAAGAAAACUCUUCAUCCUUUGGAAUCCUGUUUUGCGCCCAAAAGCUACAUUCAUUAAAGCUCACUUGGCUAUGGAUAACAAUGAAUUAGCAGAUGAAAGUGCCAAUUUUGUUCGUUCAAGCCCAAUCGUGGAUGUUUCACGCCUUCUUGCAGAAAUGGUUCAGCAUGGUCUUCGCUGCAUUGCAUUUUGUAAAUCAAGGAAACUUUGCGAGCUUGUUUUAUCCUAUACACGUGAAAUUCUUCAUGAGACAGCCCCUCAUCUACUGGAUUCCGUAUGUGCAUAUCGUGGUGGCUACAUUGCAGAGGAAAGAAGAAAAAUAGAGAGUGCAUUUUUUGGUGGUAAAAUUUGUGGUGUUGCUGCAACUAAUGCUCUUGAGUUGGGCAUUGAUGUUGGAGAAAUUGACGUCACUCUGCAUCUAGGAUUUCCUGGUAGUAUUGCUAGCUUGUGGCAGCAAGCUGGUAGGGGUGGGAGGAGAGAUAGAUCAUCUCUUGCGAUAUAUGUUGCCUUUGGUGGACCACUUGAUCAAUACUUCAUGAAAAAUCCUAGGAAACUUUUUGAUAGACCAAUUGAAUGCUGUCAUAUUGAUUCCCAAAACAAACAGGUUCUUGAACAGCAUUUGGUCUGUGCAGCUCAUGAACACCCUCUGAGUGUGCAGUAUGAUGAGCAGUAUUUUGGUGCUUGCUUAGAGAGUGUUUUGAAUUCUCUAAAAGAUAGAGGAUACUUAUGUUCUGAUCUGUCCGAUUCUCCUAGAAUUUGGAACUACAUUGGUCCUCAGAAAUUACCUUCACAAGCAGUCAAUAUUCGAGCAAUAGAAACUGUUAGAUACAGUGUCAUAGAUCAGAAAAAAGAACAAGUCCUAGAAGAGAUAGAGGAAAGCAAGGCUUUCUUUCAGGUAUACGAUGGUGCAGUGUACCUGCGUCAGGGGAAAACGUAUUUGGUUGAAAAAUUAGAUCUAUCUAGCAAAACUGCUUUCUGCAAAGAGGCUGAUCUGAAGUAUUAUACGAAAACUCGAGAUUACACUGAUAUCCACGUCAUUGGGGGUAAUAUUGCUUAUCCAGUAAUUGAUUCCACCAUGUUUCCAAACACAAAUGUCCGUGCUAAUGUAUGCCAAGUGACAACUACUUGGUUUGGAUUUUAUCGUAUUUGGAGAGGAAGCAAUCAAAUCAUCGAUGCUGUUGAUCUAGCACUUCCUCCAUAUUCAUACCAGUCACAGGCAGUCUGGGUUCCUGUGCCACCGUCAAUAAAAGAAGCAGUUGUAAAAAAAAAUUAUGAUUUUCGUGGAGGUUUGCAUGCUGCUUCUCAUGCUGUUUUACACGUAGUGCCUUUACAUAUAAUGUGCAACUUGUCUGAUUUGGCUCCCGAGUGUCCAAAUCCUCAUGACAGCCGAUAUUAUCCUGAAAGAAUCUUAAUAUAUGAUCAAUGUCCUGGAGGGUCUGGAAUUUCAGUACAGGCUCAACCUCAUUUCACAAAGUUCCUGGCAGCUGCUCUGGAAGUGCUCACAUGUUGCCGCUGUUCGGCUGAAGUAGGUUGCCCUAAUUGUGUUCAGAGCUUUGCUUGCCAUGAGUAUAAUGAGGUUUUGCACAAGGAUGCGGCCAUUAUGAUCAUCAAGGGUAUUCUAGAUACAGAGAACUAGUACUCAAGGAAUGUGCUGGCUAUUCUGAAGUCUCUAUAGGGAAAUGAUUUUUUUUUUCCUUUUCAAAGUGACUUAAAAAGGUAUCCGAUUCUUUUUUAUUUUAUUUUAUUUUAUUUAGAUUAAUAGGAAAUAAAAAUUAAUUUAAAGAUAUAUGAUUUUAUGAUGACAUAUGUAUUUAAGAGACCCGUUUGUGUACUACUACUUCAGCAAAAUUGCUUUCUUAUAAGAAAAGGAAGGGAAGUAAAUGGCAAAAUUGCACCGUGUUAGCCUUUAAGUUA